GCGAUACUAAAGGAUGCCGGUUCUCGACCGAGUCUUUCGUAACCUAUGGAAGCAGAAGACCAAGUCAAGGAAAAUAUUGGUUCUUGUGUUAAAAGAUCGAAUCGCUGACCACAAAUUUCUACAACUAACAUGGAUGACGAUAAUGAUCAGGAGAACCCAAUUGAGGACGACUACUACACGCUCUUAAAUAUUCCCAAAAUUGCAACCAUCGAAGAAAUUAACAAUGCAUAUCGUAGACAAAGUAAACUCUUUCACCCAGACAAGCAUACAGAUCCUAUGCUUAAGAAAGAGGCAGAGGUUUUAUUUAAUCGAAUGAAAAAAGCUUACGAAGUUUUAAGGGAUCCGCAUCAAAGAGCCAUCUAUGAUUCUGUGGGUGUCCGAGGGCUGGAAACGGAAGGAUGGGAGAUUGUACAGCGUACUAAAACCCCUGAAGAGAUCAGAGAGGAAUACGAACGUUUAGCAAGAGACAGAGAAGAAAGAAGACUUCAACAACACACAAAUCCUAAAGGUAGCAUCACAGUAAACAUCAAUGCUACGGAUCUUUUUAACAAAUAUGACGAAGACUAUGAAGAUAGCAAGGGAAUACUUUCGUGCCUAGAAGUCAGUGGAAUGUCAUUUACACAAUCCAUUGAAGCACCUCUUACAUUAAGAGACACGGUAACCAUGUACGGUGAAUUAGGUACACAAAAUGGAACAGGUACUGGUUCUAUAAACGUCUCUACUAGACGAUUGGUAUCGUCGAAAGGGUGGGUAGAAUUGGACGUGGGUGUUGGGAAUGGACCCACAUUGUCUUUAAAAGGCUUUCGUACAUUAACAAGAAGACUAUUCUGCGAUGGUGCAACCAUAUUGCAAUUUACGGCACGAGGAAUUAGACCCGGCCUUGUAGGAACGCUUGCAAUGCAACUGGACAAGCACACAGUAGGCUAUCUCACGUAUAGAGCAGGAAUACAAAACGAUAUGAGUACAAUGAUUGUAAGGGACACAUCCAGAACUUAUACUGCAUUUUCAAUUCACUUAGGUAUUCUACAGACCUUUGUGAGUCUAAAUUAUACAUAUAAACUGGAAGAGAAACAACUAAAACUACGUGGAAGUAUUAAGGCUGGUACUUUUGGAAUGCUACUGGAGUACGGGGCAGAGAAGAAAGUUUCACGACAUAGUAGUCUCUCGGCUGCAGUGCGGGUCGGUGUACCAACAGGCGUCACUUUGAGAGUGAAGUUGAGCAGAGCUUCUCAGUCGUACACGUUUUCUAUGCACUUAAGCGACGAGAUUCUUCCUGCUCCCAUAUUUUAUGCCACCGUGGUCCCCAUAGUGACUUGGAUUGUUGUGAAAAAAAUCGUCAUUGACCCGGUGGUGAAGGAGCGAGAAGAACGCGAAAAAGAGAAACAGAGGGAGAUGAAUAAAUCAAGGAUGGUGGAAAAGCAGAAAGAAGCAAAGAUCGCUACCGAAUUGAUGAAGGCCACUGUCAGCAGAAUAAGGGCAGAAGAGGAAGCGAAGAGAGGACUUAUUAUUACAAAGGCAUUGUACGGGCGAUUCGUAUAUCCCCAACAAAAUAGAUCCUCGUCGGAAGAACACCUGCAUAGAGAUGAGGUUAUAGACGUAACAAUCCCGUUGCAGUGUUUAGUGAAGGAUUCAACGUUAGUCCUACACAACGCAUCGAAGAGUCAACUGCCUGGUUUUUAUGAUCCAUGCGUCGGAGAGGAAAAGCAAUUAUUAGUACAAUACCUAUUUCACACUAUAACCCAUGAAUGCAUUAUCAAAGACAAUGCACCACUCAAAAUACCUAUAAAAUCACACAAAGUGAACACCACAUGACGUAUGCGGCAUCACAAAAAAGCAAAGUGAACAUCAUCGCGACACGCAAUAAUUGCUUUUACCAUUCUUCAUUACUGAGGUUCUUUUCUAAAAUCUUUCAUAGAUUAAAAUAUUGAAAAUAACGUAUCAAAGAAAUUGAGUGUUCAUAUAUCAUUUGUAUCUUGUACGAUAAGUUUACUGUUCCCAGAAUCGUUCUUUUUGCAUAAUAAUUAUUUUACUAUACUUAAAACGAGCAUAAAGAUUAGUGGAGUUACUAUCAUUGAAAAAAUGUAUGUGAGGCAUACGACAGAUAAUAGUGAAUUCAAUAACAAUAAUUGCUCGGAACCAAUUACCGGGAACUUUUGACAUAAACUGUAUAGUGCUCUAUUAAAUGUUAACAUGUCAAGUUUUUGCACAAAGAUUACAACAAAAUUAUACCCAAAGUACUUUCAAUACUGCCCAUAGAUUAGUAUAAUCUUAAAAGUAAUCUUUAUGAUUACAUUGAAUUGUUCAAUAAAAAGACAUCGUCGGUUGAAAAUUACGAGAAAAAAAUAAGAUACAAGCAGCUGAUAGAAGUAUUUUGCAUAUUAAUGUAUUGAAAAAACCACUAGGUAUUUCAGAAGAUAGACAGAUUGUUAAUAGAUUCAUUCAGUGUUAUAGAUUUUUCGCACUAAACCGUAUUUUCCCCGAAUCGUCGCGCGUCUCGAAGAAAUGAUUGGAGUCGUUAAAAUGCGAUGCUAUGAAUAACACUGUAGUCUAUUACGGUAAAUAUUUCUUCCAACAAAAGUAGUAUGUAUGACAUAGGCACAUACUUGUUUGUGUAAACCCUGAGAACCGUUAACGUGUUCAUUUACUGGAUACAUCAACCAGCUGUAUGGCUAAAUUUUCAAGUAACAUGAUGUUACAAUUUAAUGGUUUUUAAUGGUAUAUUAUACAAGCUUGACUUGUAAUUAAGCUUCCAACUGUGUUGUUCAUGUGUCUGCAUAUUUUAGCUCAAUGAAAACAUGAAUGUAACGUAAAUCCUAGUUCGAAAAAAAAUGUAUACUUGAAAUGAACAAAUUUAUUUAUCACAAACGC